AUAUUAGGGCGGGACGAAUGGAGAUGAAAGCCAAUCAGAACGAACCACAUCGUGUGUCUGUUUGAUCACUCCAAAACAGGGCCACAGCUGCGGCAAAUUAAAAGUUUCAAAACUGGCUUCACUCGUUAGCAGCGAUUUCCCAUAAUGCACACAAACAGAGGGCAAAGCAACUUGUUGUUGCUGCGGGCUACAGUGGUUGUAAAUCUGUGAUCAGCUGCAGCUCAGUACAGUGAAUAAAGAUGGAGACUAACGCACAGCAAGCAACUAUUAAUGAAGUUCAGAAGAAACUCCAGGCUCUGACAGAAGAAAAUCGUCAGCUUUGUGACAGAAAUGAACGUCUCAUUGCCAAAGUGGGCUACCUGGAGGGCCGACUGGGCCACUUGGCCAGCUCCAACACAGACCUGUCCUGUAGACUGAUCCAGAGUGAGGAGGAAAAACUGAAGAUUUCCAAAGAGCUUGUGGAGGAAAAACUUCAGACCAACAGGUUCAGAGAACACUUUGAAGAAGAGAAGUUUGAGCUGAAAAACAAGAUAUUGACCAAGGACAGUACGAUUGCAGAGCUGCAGCUGGAACGAGACCAGUUGUCCAGAGAACUCCAGUCUGUGGAAGCUCGACUCAAAGUGGGAGACAAGAGCGGCCAGGAGCUGACGGAAGAGUUCACCUCUCUGAAGAACAGCUACCUGGUACUGAUGGACGCUCAUAAGAAAGAGCUAGCUAACAGUGAGAACCUGAGUAAGGAGCUGCUGACACUGGCCCAGGCUCAGGACGCCCUCCGGCGACAGCUAGAGGAACAGCAGCAAAGUGUCAACACCACCACCCAGGGCCUUCAUGGAGAACUGGAGAGAGUGAAAGCCUUGAUCAGCAACAUGUCAUGUAACAGAGUUCAGCCUGAAGAUUUGGCAGCAUUGGACCAGGAGCAAAAAACGCUUCUGGGGAACCAGGGUGAAAUGAAGGAGAUGCUGCAGAGCCUGAGGGACAGUUACCAGGAGCAGCAGAGGAAGUUGGAGGAAAAAGUGGCAGCAAUGAGCAGGGAGCGCCAGGAGAACCGGGAACUGAUCCGUAACAGCCAGAAGAGACUGUCUGGGCAGAGCGCCGCCCUGCUGUGUUACCAGAACCAAGUGAAGGAAGUCGAGGAGCAGAACUCGCAGCUUCAGCUCCAGGUCAAAGAGCUGAAUGAAGAAUAUCGUGCGAGGCUGGUGUGUUACAUACAGGACUUGACUCUGUACGUUGAUGGCCUUGGGGAAGGUAAAAGUCCAGCAGGAACAAAGAUGAGAACGUCUGUGGAGAACAUGCUGCAGGACGUGCGAUCCACCUACAGGGUCAGAGAAGAACAGCUGACCUCGGCUGCUCGCUCCUAUAAGAAGAGACUGCAGAAGAUCGCCAGGACCCACCAGGCUCUGCUCAUCAUGUACAGGGUCCAGAGGGAGCAGAUCUUAGCCAGACCAGACACUGGCCUUGACCCUGGACCUCCGGAGGCUGAGUUCAGCCUAGAGCAGAGUGAGCUGAGAGGUGACACGGAGACGGAGCUCCAACACCUCCGUCAGGACAAGGCCAGGCUGGAGAUGGAGCUGCAGGCGUCCAGAGAGGAGAUGGCUGCCCUUAAAGUACCUUUCGAAAAUACUCCGUCUUCUCAGGGCACGGUACGAGUGCAGCAGAUGUGUGAGGAAUCCUGGCUAGACAUGAGGACACAGCUGAGGGAACUCACUGACUCCACGCUGUUGGACUCAGAGAAGGAGCGAGCGGCUCUCCUCAGCAGAGCAGCAGUAGCAGAGGCUCAGGUGUCAGAGCUGCAGGACUACGUCAACAACCACCUAAGCAGAUAUAAACAAGAGAUUGAACAUCUCCGCAGACUCCACAGAGGGAAAGUGGCAGGACCUGCACAUUGCACAUUCAUCACUGCAGUAGGAAAACUGAACAACUGA